AUGAAGGAGAGGCAGCUACAGCUCGGGAAGGCUGGUUCUCCUGGAUUCGCAGCUCGGCAGCAACAGGAAAACAUGGCCUUGACAAACCAUAUCCGGAUUGAUCCGGAGCCACUGUUUUCCUCGGAACAACUGCUGCAGGGAAGGACACCACAGAAGCCUAAGAAGAGAUGCUACUCCCUGAGCGCGGUGCCGCCUGCCUGGGGAGAGCUGCUAACCGGGAAGGGCGCAGGCCGCGGCGGCCAGGGGCUGCCCCGGGGGAGUCCAGAACCCACCCGGCCCUCCUCCCCGCUGCCGGCUCCAGAACCUCCGCCCCAACUGUGGGGUGACCAGAGCAGCGAUGUGAGGCCCGCACCCCUGUCUGGGCAGGAGGAGCUGGUGCGGCGUCGGCAGCUCACCUGUCAAACCCGCAAGAGUCUUUAUUCCAAGGGUGCUCAAGAAGCAGCCGGCAGCCCCCUGACUGGCCUGCCCGAGGUGCCCGGAGCUACCUGCCAGGACACGCCGGGAGCCGCAGGCCCUGGGGACAGCUUGCACAACAGCCAGGACAGAGGCAUUCUGUCCAAAAAAGAGGCCGACGAGCUUCCCAGGCCAGCGCCCAACACUGGCUGUCCUCUCACCGGGCCCUGGGGAGCGGACUCUGAGGGACCACAGGAGUGGGAAGAGGCGAAGACACGAGGCCCAGAAGGGGCCGCAGAAGUCUGGGGGUCGAGGGGAGGAGGCCCACAGUUCGGGCUCGACAAGCGACGGGCGUCCAAAGGCUGGGGGCGCAGCGGCAGCGGGGAGGGGUGCCCGGAGAGCCACGGACGGCCGCGGCCCGCCCGGGCCCGAGCGACGGGAAGCGACGGCCGCCGGGUCGAUGGACCCCCUGCGCCUCUCGCCCCGCACUCCACUCCCCGCCGGGCCUCGCGCACCAGGCUCGCGGCUCGCCUCAGCCCGGGCCCGCGGCUCUCCCGCCUCCGCCGCUCCGCCGACCCACUUCCCAGGACCCGGACUGACCUGUCCCGGCUGCCCCCCGCGCCGCCGCCGCCGCCGUCCCACAGGCUCCGCAGGCGCCUCCGGCUCCUGCCAAAACUUUUCCCAUUAAUCCCCGGCUCCGCGCGGCGGCUGCGGCGUCACACGCUGCGCGGCCCAGCCCCGCCCCCGCCAGCGCGACGUCACCGGGCCGCUCGUCCCCGCCCCCCCUUUUCCACGCCCCCUUCCGCUUCGGUCGCGGCCAAUCACCGCACGCCUGGGAUCCUCCCCCAGACUCUGCCGCUCCGCCCACCGCACGCGGCGCCGGGCCCACCUGCAGCGCCCUCUGGUGCCCAGGGAGGAGCCGAGGCGGAAGCUCCAGGACCGGGAAGAAACAGCCCCAGAGAAGGUGUGUGA